GGAUAGCAGCUGGCAGCCUGUGUGACCAGGAUCUUCGGUUGGGUUCAGCCAGUCGUCAUCAUCAUCUUGGUUCCUCGUGAUGCUUGAGUUGAUUGGCGGAUGUGAGACCAUCGACGGCGACUUGGAUGCGUCGAUUCAGCGACUCAUGAGCGCCAAAUCGGUGUUAACGGAUGGGACCUCGCGGCUCGUUGCUGAGAGAGGCGGCGUGUCGCAUCCCCUGGAGACCACCGGAGAGAUGCUCGUCAACGCAGAUGUGCAGGGCUGGGCAGGGGAGGGAGGGAGGGAAGAGGAGAAUGAGAGUCGUGAUGUGACUGUCUGUGUUGGUCUGUCGUGUGUGUAUCGUCUGGCUGAUCAGGCGGCGUGGUGUUCCCGGUGUCCCGCCGUGCGCUCCUCCUUCCCUUGAUGCGCAAGCGGUACAUCUCGGUCCUGCUGAUGCACUUCUCUGACGGCCUCCCGCGAGAUCCUGAUGGCCAUGUCUAUCUGGAGGCCUCACCGGCAUACUUUGAGGCCUUUCUGGACGAGCUGACACUCCACGAGACCCACCGCACCGGCACUGUCGACCUGCCGCCCUCCAAGGUGGCUGACCCGACUUACAGCGAGUACCACUCCCUGUUCAUGCGAGAGCUGCAGUCCUUCUCAGCUCCGACACACAUCCGCCGCGGUGCCGCCACGACCAAGGCGGUCGAUGGCGCAUGUGACGAGAAGGCCAUCGCGGAUGUCAUCCAGACGUCGCUGAGCGAUCUGGAGAAGGUCAUGAAGAGGCUGACGUGCCGCAGGGAGGAAGUGGUCAAAUUCCUCUCGGCAAUGGAGCCGUUUAUGAAGGGCCAGGAUGACGCCAGAGGUGACAGCGCGGUGCUGAGCUUGGAGGUGCUGGGUCGGAAGGUGAGCUGCAUGAAGCGGACGCUGCAGCGACUUGGCAAUGACCAUCCCCUGCUAACGCGAUUCUCAAAGUGAGUGAGCACAUUCACAAACGACAGACGGAGAGCGACAACGCAGGUCACAUCUGUGUAUGUGUGUGGUUGCGCAGCACUCCGCCCUGCUGGGGUGACCGUCGAGUGCGUCAGACCCCCACCAAGCACUUCGUCAACACAGUCGACUUCGCCCGGCGCCGGAUGACGAUGCCCAAGGGGCAGCUCAUCCGGCCCCCGCUGAUGGACGAGGCCGAGCGUGAGCUGUUUCGAGAGGACUUGACAAUGUAUGGUCUGACUUACUCGCCCAUCCUGGACCUGCCGGCCGGCCACGAGUGGGUCAUCAAGUCGGCAGAGGAGUGGGUGAGCCUGCUGGACAUGAUCAAGAAGCCCACGUGCAGACCAUCGCUGCUCUUCAAGUAAGCCGGCCACUCACGAAUGGCUGUGCGUCCCGUCCGUGCAUGUGGAUGCACGUGUGUGUAUAUGUGUGUGGAUCAGGUCUAGCCGUGAUGGGAGUGCCUAUGCCACGAUGCUCCAGUGUGUGGCGGGCAAGAGCGGUCUGCUCUUCGCCCUCCGAGAUGGUGACACGCACCGAUGCGGCUGCUUCCUCGGUGGCGAGAUCACACCGCCGGCCGACCCCAAACAGACCACCCGCUACAGGGUGCCCUUCUUCUUCUACUCGCUGUCGGGCGCGUACGAGACGGUGACCAAGAUCGAGCUGCCAGAGGAGAAGCAGAACGUGGAGGUGGCCGGCACACAGGGGGCGGUCAAGGACACCAAGGACGAGCCACGUGGGAAUGUGGCCUUCGCCAGCGGCUGCCUGUGGCUUGGAUUCGACACGCCUGGUCCUGCGGCCGACCUCAGCAGCUGCCACCUGUGGAUCAAGAGGGAUCAGUUGCCGGAAGGGUACACCGGGGUGUACACUCAGCACGGCGACGGCUCAUUGGCGCAGACCAUGAACUUCACGUGUGAUGAGAUGGAGAUCUAUCAUAUGGAGCCCACCACAUAUGGGUGGCGGCCAGGGAAGCCAAGGAGCUUCAUGGAUUGGUUGUUCGGCGGAAUGUGCAGACAUACACAGAACAGAGAUAUCGACAGAUAGAGGGUAUAGCGCAGCGAGGUGGAGCAAGUAGG